AAAGCACUCUUACUCUGGGACUUACCGCCCAGCAGAUCCUCUAUUCAGCUAACUACAGGAAAGGUCCUCACCGGCCUUUUCGCACACUUGCUGCGUGAACCGGCUCGCUCGCCAGCAGACGAGUGACCACCUCAGAUCUUGGCUCGGUGGCCGUGUCUUGAGGUGUCGCGUAGGGAGUCUGCGGCAUAUUGAUGUUCAGAUGUAUAUACCCAUCCUCCUGCACACACACACACACACACACACAUACAUGCGCACUCGGUAUGUAUGUGUGCAUACUGCUGGCCGUGGCGCCGGCAGCCGCGCUCCGCUAUUCCCCUCGGCUCUACACACACACACACGGACACACACACGUCUUGAGGAUGCGUCAGCCCACCCACCCAACCGUAUGUAUGUAUGUAUUCGUCUGUGUCUCAUCGCUACCUGACAUGUGCCUCGCCCCAGUCCUUGACUUUCAGCUGGCGGAACUCUAUCACCUGCUUCGCUCCAAUGACCGCGCAGAGCUUCGCGAAAUCCUCCCAACACUCCUGCUUGACCGUCUGAAUCUCACUCAACACACCCGUGUGUGCGCGUUUGUUCCUCGUGCGUCACGGCACGUCACGUACGUGAUCGUCUUUGUUGAUGCACGCGCACAGGGCUUCCCUGUCAGGCGGGUCCCGGAUGUAGACAGACUUGACAGGGUAGGGGAUGUAGUCGUUAAUCUUGGACGACUCCACUGCCUCGUGCAUCAUCUCGAAUUGCUCUCCCCACUCCUCGCUAUCCACGUCGCUUAUCGGGCACCCCAUCAGCGCACCCAUUGUCAAG